CCAUGGCUAAAAUAUAUCCCCUGAUAGGCUGCAGCCAUGCACCAGGAUCGGCCCCGCUACGUGGUCGAUAGGCCGGCCUACAGCCUGCCGGAUUUUGAUGGAGAGUACGACAAGAAGAAUCGACAAUUCCCCACCGGGGAGAAAGUAAAGAAGCUGUUCAGAUGCUCCGGGUCCAGAUUAAAAAGCUUGCUGUUCAGACACCUGCCUGUGCUGAGCUGGCUGCCCCGGUACAACGUGAAGGAGAAGCUGCUGUGUGACGUGGUCAGCGGGGUUAGCGCGGGCACCAUUCAAGUGCCCCAAGGUAUGGCCUUUGCCCUACUAGCGAACCUUCCUCCCGUCAACGGGCUCUAUUCCUCUUUCUUCCCCCUCAUCCCUUACUUCUUCAUGGGCACAGCCCACCAGAUGGUCCCAGGUACCUUUGCUGUUCUCAGCAUUAUGGUGGGGAUGGUGUGUCUCAGGCUGGCCCCGGAGUCCGACUUCAGUCAUUUCAAUGCCACUCUCAAUGCUACCGUGGUGGACCAAGGCAGGAUGAACGAGGUUCGACUGGGCAUCUCGGGGACACUGGCCUGCCUCACCGCGAUCAUACAGAUUGGCCUGGGCUUGACGCAGUUUGGCUUUGUGGCCAUAUAUCUGUCAGAGUCCUUCGUCAGAGGCUUCAUGACCGCAGCGGGACUACAGAUUCUCAUUUCAGUGUUGAAGUACAUCUUCGGGAUUCAAGUACCCCCCUAUAGUGGUCCCCUGGCUGUUGUAUAUACCCUCAUAGAUAUUAUUUGUGGCCUGCCUGAAACCAACAUCGCCUCCUUAGUCUUUGCUCUGGUUAGCAGCGUAGCGCUGAUUGUGGUGAAGGAGCUGAGUGCACGGUACCGCCACAAGCUACCCUUCCCUGUCCCUAUGGAGAUCGUCAUUGUGGUUGUGGCGACAGCCAUUUCCGGUCCACUGGACCUUCCCGAGAAAUAUCAUAUGGACAUAGUUGGAAAAAUUCCUCUGGGAUUCCCAGCACCAAUCCUGCCGACAGUGAGUCAGUGGGACGACAUGUUGAGCACAGCCUUCUCUCUCGCCAUAGUGGGGUAUGUCAUCAAUCUGGCUAUGGGCAGGACACUGGCAGCAAAGCAUGGCUAUGAUGUGGAUCCCAACCAGGAGAUGUUGGCUCUCGGCUGCAGCAACUUCCUUGGGUCCUUCUUUAAAAUUCAUGUUAUCUGCUGUGCCUUGUCGGUAACCCUGGCUGUAGACAGUGCCGGAGGAACAUCCCAGAUUGCAAGUCUGUGUGUGAUGCUGGUGGUAAUGGUUACCAUGCUAGCCUUGGGAGCCUACCUGAAACCACUACCUAAAUCAGUGCUCGGAGCCCUGAUCGCAGUCAACCUGAAGAACACCCUCCUUCAGCUCUCUGACCCCUAUUACUUAUGGAGGAAAAGUAAACUGGAUUGUUGUGUGUGGGUUGUGUCCUUCUUGGCCACGUUCUUUCUUAGCUUGCCUUAUGGAGUUGCCAUUGGAGUGGGCUUCUCUGUCCUUGUGGUGAUAUUCCAGACACAAUUUCGUAAUGGUUCAGCAUUGGAUCAGGUCAUGGACACGGAUAUCUACAAAAACCCCAAGGUCUACAGUAAGGUAACAUCUAUCAAGGGUGUGAAAAUAGUAAACUAUUGCUCUCCACUCUAUUUUGCAAAUGCAGAAAUAUUCAGGCGGAAGGUCAUCAAAAAGACGGGACUGGACCCUGGCAAGCUUAUCCUGGCCAGGCGAAAGUUCAUGAAAAAACAACAGAAGGAAAAAGAGGAAGAGGAGAAGAAGGACAAAGAGGCCAGAAGGAGGAAGCGAAGCUCUUUGGCCAACAUGAGGUCUCAGGCAAUAUCACAGCUUGAGCUUCAGAAUGACUUUGACAUGAAUGAUGACAGCACCACCAAACCCGAGUUGCCCACCAGCUAUGUCAACUUCCACUGUGGUGACAUUGAGCAGAGCGAGCAGGAACCUGAGCAGCUACCCAGAGACUCAGCUGUCACUCUGGAGACCCAACCUAUGCCCUUCCACACGCUCAUUCUGGACCUGGCAGGGGUCUGUUUUAUCGACCUCAUGGGUAUCAAAGUACUGACUAAGAUGAACUCAAGCUAUGAGAUGCUCGGGAUUAAACUAUACCUGGCUAAUGUUCAAGCCCAGGUGUAUGAGGAACUGGAGGUGGGUGGGGUGUUUGAUGAAGGCAGUAUUGCUCGCAACCAACUCUUCCUCUCUGUCCAUGAUGCCAUCCUCUUUACUCAGCAAACCUCUGCGGAGACCACGAUUUCUGAAAAGGCAGAGAGAAAAAGACAGGAACUUGCUUUUGAGGUUGAUGAGGAGAAGGAUCUGGAGCAGGAAAUGUUUUGAGCACCCUGUGGUCGUGAUAGAAAUGAACCGGAGGAGUGUUCUGAAGGGGACGUAAUGCAUCGAGUAUCACUUGUAAAGCGUUGCUGCGACUGAAAACACAAUUUCCAGGAAUUCAUCGCAGCCAUAAUCAUCUCUGAACUCAAACAUGUAUCUUUGUACUGACGGCA